ACAUGGGCCACCCUCUUAACAGCCACACAGCCGGGGUCACGACAGCCACAUCUGGCCCCAGGCGACAGCUCAGCCCGGGGAGCGAGGCACACACAGGCAGCUGUGCACGCUGCUUGCCCCUGGAGCCCGAGCUCCUCGUAGGGAGCCAGCUUUUCUUGACACUAUCCCAGGUCCCUGCUGGGGACAGGCCUGGGUAUAAGAGUCACAUGCCUGGGGUGCUGCAGAGCUGAGGGUCACCAGAUGAUAUUUUCCUGAGCAAUCUGCAGGACCCGUGGCCACCUCAAAAUCUCCAGAAACUCCAUAAUGUGACUUCGCUUAAUUUUAUUAAGUCUCCACCCAUGAAAUAUUCACGGGAUGGAGCCCACCUCCCAAGGACAGGCUGAGAAAAGUUUCAGCUACGUCGUCAGGGUCCCCGGCAGCGAUGGGCUUGAUGUCAUGAAUAUCGAUGUGAAAAUCGACACGUCCUGGGUAUUCCGGGACGCAGAGGACAGCGGUGGGGAACAGGGACGUCUUCCGGAGGAAGUGGCUGGCGGCCCAGAUGUGGACACCCGUAGGCUCAGGAAGCAGCUGGAGUCCUCAGAGCAGAAGCUGGUGGCAGCGGUGGACAAGCACGUCCCACGGGAGUCCCCCGAGCUGAGGAGCAGUGCUGGGGAUGGAACCCGGGGCUGCACCUGCAAGGCAAGCGCUCUACAGCUCAGCUCCGCUCCGAGCCCCCAACGAUGUCCUGACCCGUGGCCAGGACGGGGCCCCCCGGACAGGACUGAGCCCCUGGGGCUGCGGCCUUCUGCACUGCUGGACAGUCAGGCCAUGUCCCCUGCUCACUUGGAAAUGUGA